AUGAACAAAGUGGAUGCCUCGCGAGCUGUGAAAAUUACAACGUCAGUGGCACGUUUCCUGGAAAACACCAAGCGUCGACGGGCAGCUUUAAAAUUUUACAAAGAGUUGGUGACACUAUUGGAAUUCAUCGAACAGGAAUUUAAUUCAUCAAGAGCCUUAAUGAAUGAUAAAACACGAAAGGAAUUGGAUUACAGCACUAUAUCAGCAUUUCUUUCCAUCGCUGUCAUCAACUUACAUUUGCUUGAGUAUGAUGAGUCAAGGAUAUAUGCUGAACUUGCUCUUGCUAAAAGUAGGAAAACUGGCAGCAAAAAGACAGAAGAGUCAUGUCUUCAAAUACUCUGUGUAUGUUUGGCUUUUGGUCGUAACCAACAUGACCGAAAUACUAAAUGUUUAGAGGAAAUACUCUCAGUUACCAAGGAAUCUGGUGAUACAGAGAUAGAAGCAACUAUCUACUAUCUGCUUGCUAUGAGACAUGUUGACGUUGGUCAGAUGGAAGAGGCAGCAGAGUUUCUUGAGAAAUCAAUUCAAACAAGUCGUAGGGGUGGUUGCAGGUGGAGAGAAUUUGAAUGCUUAAUCACACCAGCACUUAGGGUGCUUUUGCCAGGCCAGAAAAAUAAAGCGUUUCAAAGACUUGAGGAAGCACUUCGAAUAACCGAAGAAAUUGGAGAUUAUGAAAGGAAAGCCUUUGCGCUUCAAGCUUUAGGGGACUUUUUCGGAGCUGAUGGUAAGUACGAAGAAGCAAAGGAAUAUUACGAGAGAAAGAUUCAGCUCAGUGCAAAGUUGCCUUACGCAAGAUUAUCGGGUUAUAUGAGGCUCGGCACUGUUCUAAUUAAACUUCGCCAAUUUGACGAAGCCAUGAAGUGUUUACACAAAGGUCUUGACGUCUGUGGAGAAGACCAUUCAGUAGACCUGACCUUACACUGCAAGGACCAAAUUUACGUCGAACUCUGUCACCUUCACCUACUCCUUGGUCAACCAGAAACAGCUACUGAGUAUGUAAACAAAAUAUUGACAGGAAGUUGGUACGAAGACAAGCAUAUCUCUCUCAGGGAUCUUGGUUUCUAUAUAAGUACACACGGGCACUUUGAACAAGCAUGCGACAUCCUGGCUGAGAGUAUCAAAGGUUAUGAGAACAGUCUUGACUCUUUGAAUGACGAGUCCAAACUUUCUGAUGGAGACUUAGAUGUCAACACCAGUAUGUACACGCAUCGUUGCUUUUUGCUGUUUGUUCUUGGUAAGUUUGCCGAGGCUUUGUGUACAGCAGAGCGAGGCCGUGCCCGUGUAUUGACAGAACUGUUGGCAAAGGAAUACGGCAUUCAAGAAAAGGCCAAAUUGAGUGAAACUGACCUAUAUAGCCUUAUGGGUAGUUUGGCUAGGAGUCAAAUCUUAGUUUUCUUUGGCUCUGCUGCCUAUAAGAGCAUCUUGUGGAUAAUGACAAAUGAACAAGGCCCGAAUUUGGAGGUAAUGUCUCAAGAAAAAGCAGAAGUUGAUUGUCUCCUUGAAGCUAAUUUCGGGUCACUUUUUUGCAGCCGAAACGUCAACUGCGAGGACCGUACAUUGUCAGCCUUGUAUGACAUUCAGGCUGCUGAUGAUGAUACCCAGCACGACAGUGUCAGUGAGAAAAGGCUCCUUGAAGAGACAGACGACGAGGUACGUGAGGUUGAAAACUUACCCAAUCAACUGUACAAGUCACUCAUCGCUCCAUUUGCUGAUCGUAUUCAGGGCCGAGAGCUUGUACUUGUUCCCGAGGGAUCUAUGGUCAUGGUUCCUUUUGCCGCACUACAGGACGAUUCUGGAAAGUACCUGUCUGACUCGUGCAGUAUUCGCAUCAUUCCUUCGUUGUCAACACUUAAGUUGAUUCUUGACUCCCCAGAGAAUUAUCACAGCCGGAAUGGAGCGCUGAUCGUUGGCGAUCCACAAGUGAGUCAUGUCACAGCACUUCCGCAAUUGAAAGCAGCUAGGCAGGAAGCUAAAGAAAUCGCUGAUCUUCUGGAGGUGGAGCCUUUGUUGGGUAUGCAAGCCACGAAAGAAGAAGUGCUGCGACGAAUAACUGAUGUGUGUCUGGUACACAUCGCCGCCCAUGGUGACGCGGAAAGAGGAGAGAUUGCUUGUGCACCUAACCCAUCCUCCCCUCAAAACCCAACGAAGGAAGACUACAUGCUGACCAUGGCGGACGUUAGCAAGGUUCGGAUCCGAGCGAAGCUUGUUGUACUAAGCUGUUGUCACAGUGCUAAAGGAAAGAUCAUGAAAGCCGAGGGAGUUGUGGGGAUCGCUCGAGCCUUCAUUGCUUCAGGAGCUCGUUCAGUGCUGGUUUCCCUGUGGGCCGUGGAUGACAAAGCCACAAAGGAGUUCAUGAUUCGUUUCUACGGACAUCUGAAGUGUGACAAUAUGAGUGCCAGUGAAGCUCUUGACCAGACCAUGAAGUGGAUGAGAGAAUCUGAGACGACAAGGUACACGGUGAGCGAAUGGGCCCCAUUCGUUCUGAUUGGAGAUGACGUCAAUCUGGACUUAUAAACCCUUUGUGUUAUAAGUGAGGUGCAGUAAAACAAGAACACUGAAGGGAGAACUGUAUCACUUUGCUAACAUUAUAAAUACCUUCACCUUCCUUAAGCAAUUUGUUUUUUCAG